CCGCGCCGUCCGCCAACAGCCGUGCUGAACGGCAUCACCACCUUCAAGGCGGGGAUGCUGAGAGGCCUUCGGUUUGAUCGGAGCAACUUUGAUUCUCGACGGUCAAACCGCGUCGCUGGAAGCUGUGGUGCUGCACGCUGUUGUGGCCUCGACGUCUCCAGUGGCUCUGCUCGGGAAAUUAGGGAGCCGCACAGGCCCUGCACGCUCAACCUCUCUGAAAGCUCGCCAACCCCCUGCCACUUCACGUUCAACUUCAACAACCGCUACCAAGUCGCUCGUUCAUAACAUCGCUCUUUCAUUUCCAACUCAACCUUCAUCGCACGCCGCGAUAUAUCUUCGGCCCCGACAGCCGGUCUGAGGUGCAAAGCUCGACGCAGGACCGCACGUUGCACUUUUGUAGCGUUGCCGAUCGAUAAUCGUUCCGAGACGACGCCUCACAUCCACCUCAUUUGACCGACGACAUCGCGCGUCCCCACGCACAACACCUACUUUUGCGAGCGCUACACAGCUUCCAUCAUGGCGUCAACACCGUCGCCGGUGCCCGACCUUCAGCGCAAGCGGUUGCCGACUUUGUUCGAGGUCCUCAGCCGGAGGACGCUUGCACCUGUAGACCUCUUUUCAUUCUACAUCUACAUGAGAGACCAGCAGCGCUCCGUAGACUAUCUUGACUUUUGGCUUGAUGUCUCGCAACACAUGUCCCUAUGCCGACAUUACGUGCGCGAACUGCGCCGUUCAGUCCUCGUCGACACGCCGGAGUUGGAAAAGGCAGCUUCGAAGCGAUCGUCACAAAUUCUGGAGGGCUACGCAGAUCCAACCGGUGUCGCUGGCCCGUCGAAUGAGAAGGCAAUGAGGGAUGAGUCCAUUUCGCAAGCCUUGCGCAAUGAACAAACAAGACAUCCCGGAGCACACUCGCACAGCAAUUCCCAUUCGAGUGACCACUCAGGCGGCAGCGGCUCGAGGCGGAAGCGACGGAGCACUGGCGCCACGGCCAACUCUCCUAAUCGUUCUCCCGGUCAUUCACCCGCUCACCUUGAGAGCAGCACAUCUCCUGGAAAUGUUUCAAGCUCGCCUCAGCACACGGUAACCCGCCAAGAUAUUCGUGCAUCUGCGGAGAAAAUUCUGUACACCUACCUUCUUCCCGGAUCCGAGCGUGAGAUCAUUAUUCCUCAGGGUAUCCUGGAUAGUAUCCAGGAAGCUAUCGAAGAGCGAGGUCGUGAUGAUCCUGAGGUGUUCGAUGCUGCAAAGGACUACGUCUUCCAGGCCAUGGAGCGAGACGCCUUCCCUGGCUUUUUACGUGCUAAGGCGCUUGGCAAUCUUGUGCCUCCUAGUAUGAUGUUGCGUCUGAUCGUGGGUUUGCUUGCCCUGUUUGGCGGGCUCUGGACAGGAUUCAUUCUCAUAUUCCUCGACUACAGUCGUGCAACACGGUGCUGGCUCAUUCUGCCGUUUACCCUGGGCAUUUAUUUUCUUGCAACUCACCAAUACAUGCUCGAUCCGAUUCUAGCUCUUGUUGGAUCGUCCGAGUAUACGUUCUUCAGUUUCGCGCGUGUGAAGGAAUCCUUCGUGCGCCAAUUACUCAUCAAGCGCUCGUGGAUGGUAUUUUUUGCUGUAGCCGUCAUUGAUGCCGCGCUUUGCUGUUUGUUCAUUCUGGUCCCUGGCAAGAGACUCUGAUGGGGUUUAAGAGAAUGGAAUAGAGACAUCUUUCAAGACAAUAUGAGCUUGAAAGUUCGGAGGAUGGACACAAGACGAAAAGCAUACCGGAGACGAUAUUCUUUCAGUUCUGCGAAGUGGCGAUGAAACGAGCGCGAAGGUUCACAUAUCCUCGAACGGCCAAGGCCCUACAUAGUUUGGGCAUCUUCCAAACCCAGCUCUUCGCCUAAUCUUUACGAAUUUUCAAUGACGAUUUUUGCAUGGCGUUUACCGGUGGAGUUGGUUGAAGAUCAUUUAUGGUGAAAAGCACCUACUCAAUACCCUGUGCGAGAGGCAACACUGCGUUGUCCUGGCGAAUUUGUACAGCUUUUCUUUUCUUUCAUUUGUUGCAAUAGCUGGCACUACGUCGUAUCUACGAUUCUCAUAACUUUCAUUAGCGAGUAGUAGUUCUUUCAAACAGCAUUCAAGCUGUGAUAUCGAGUCUUUAAGCACGACAAUUUGUCCUUGCGCCA